AAAAAUAUUAUUAUAUAUUUUCAAUUGGGCUUGCACUUUUACUCUCUUUACUUCCUGCUGUCAACAAUUUGUAUGGUUAUAAUUAUAAUGAAAAAAAUUGUUGGUAUCGUAAUUCAGGUCAAAAAGAUAAUGUUUUAUGGGAAUGGCUUACGCUUUUCGGUUGGGUAGCUCUAUCUGUCUUGUAUUGUGCCAUCGUUGUUAUUUGGGUCUUUAUAAAGCUCUAUUCAGUAACGAGAAAAAUUGAUAAAACUUUUGAAUGUUUACAGACUUCACAAUUAUCUGAUACUCCUACUUUAAUCAAUAAGACUGUGAUUUCUUCUGUAGUCAAAAGAGUCAUAUUGUAUCCUGUGGUACCCUUGAUAACUCAAUCUUGUUCUAUUUUUCAAACUUGUGCUUAUUUAUAUAAUGUGUUCUCGUUUACUCUAUAUUUACUUUGCUUCAUGGGCAUUUCAAUUCAAGGCUUUGCAAAAGCCAUUGUAUUUUCUCAAGACAUUGCCGUUACUCGUGCUUUCCAGGCCGUUAAACUCCAUUUCGAUUUCUGA